AUGACCAACUACUGGGGACGUAAAGUUAUCAAGAGGAUGCAAAACGCAAAUCUCGCAACAAAUAUGCAAAGAUUGCUUGCCGACACGCCUGACUGGUCAUGUUUUCAUUAUGCUAGGCAAUAUCGUGAAGAAUGUGGUAAUUACAACAGGCUGACGGGAGGGGAGUAUAUUCACAGCAUAUGCUCCGGAUUGGAAGAAAAGAUCCGCAAUUGUCAGCGUAUUCUAGCAAAAGAAAUCGAAAAUUGUAAACCAUACGCCGAAGAUGAAACAAUGGAAGUUGAAAACAGGCAACCGUGGCUUGAGGAUAUCACCGAUGAUGGACUGGCGUUCGAGCCACUGGCCUCAGCGGUAACGCUAUGCGACCUACGCAUCGGAGGGAAAUCAAUCUUCCAGGAAACACUCGAGAACCUUUGGGAGAGUGGAAUAACUAGAGUCACCCUAGUAACGGAAAAAAAUAAAGUCGCAAAGUAUAAAAAGUAUCAAAAACAAUACAACUUUGGACGCCGACAGGGACACAUCGAUGUAACAAUACUCGGACUUAACGUUGACAAGAUUCUACCCGGAAAUGUUCUGAGAGAAUUGACGGUAGUCUUAGAUGGAAUAGAUCAGUUCCUUUUGCUAUUCUGGGACACACUCAUUACCGUACCACUCUCUGAUGCGUUGGAACUGCAUAAAAGCAGACGCUCAGCAUCUCAAAAGUACGCAAUGAGCCUAAUUUGCUUCGAAGAUGAUAGUGAAAGAAAGCUUAGCAAACCCAGUGAUGACUGUAUAUUCCUUCUCAACGAUAAGUCAGAAAUUUUGGCAUACUCUCCUGGGGAGGAUAAACUACGGGUAGAUGUGGAUUUGGUACAGAAUUUAAAGAGAGGUGACGUAAUGAACGUUAGAUAUGACCUUUGCGAAACUGGAAUAUACAUAUGUAACAAACAGGUAGCAGAACAUUUUACAAACUGGUACGAACAUACGGAAUUAGCUGAUUAUAUAAACGAUUGUCUCACAAGGGAGUUCAAAACUGAUGAGGUCUACUUGACAAUAAUUAAACCAGAUAUUAUGUUCCCCAAUUACCCACCAGCUAUCAGAAUCAUGACACCGAAGGACUACCAUACUGUGUUUAUGGAAUACAUACAACGAUUCCAACAGGAUGAAAACCCAACGAACAAACACUCCAUUGCAUACGAUCCCAUAUAUGGGCCAAUGGUAAACGAUCGUGCAAUAUUUUGCAACAAAAGCGCGGUAGUACCACCACUCGGAGGCAACCAGGAUAUGCUCAAGGCUGUCUCAAACAGUAUCAUUGGAAAGGGUAUUAAAAUAGGAGAACAAUCGAAAAUAGAUCGCUGCGUUAUUUACGAUGACGUUAACAUUGGAAGCAACUGUCUCAUACAAGACUCCAUCAUCAUGAACGGGGUGACGAUUGAAGAUGGAAUAGUUAUACCACCAGGCUCCAUAAUAUGCUCGGAUGUCACAGUCACACAGCAAAUAGCACAGAAGUUGAAAUUACCCUUCAGGCUAUCAAAAAUGCAAACAAAAUAUAUAGACCUGACUGUAGAUGAUCUGAAUCAACAUACCAUCGAAGACGGGGACGUUCACGUCUGGCCAAUCACGGCCUUCGGUGACAUAGAGAGUACGUAUAUCGGAAAGUCAUUCUUUGAUGUAGUAAAAAUCAAGAUACCGUCGCUGUCUUCCACGGAUUCGGGGAGCGAAUAUGAAGGCGCGGAAUACGAGUUGGAAGAUAUUGAUUACGCCGAUGGCACAUCGUCCGACAGUGCCGACGGAUCGGAAUUUGAACGACUAGGUGAUGGAAUUAACGAUGAUAGAGACGUUAUGGACGAAGAGAUUGCAGCAGAACUUAAAACGCUGGUCAUUGAAUGCCUACAAACACCUGCACAACUACAAAACAAAAUUCUGGAAAUCAAGAGUCUCAAAAUUAGCCACAACCUGCAAAAAGAAAAUAUGGUCAAGGUAGCUUUCAGAGAUGCCUUGAAGUGGAUUAUUGAAGUGGCACACGAUGAGGAUGAACUGCAAGAAAUCAUGGAAAAAGCACAGCUUAAAGAGUUUCUGGAAUCAUUCGAACACCAAAUUGUCGAACAAAACUACUACACAGGUAUUCUAGAGGCGUGUACAGAAAUGUGCAAAGAUAUAGAGUACUUUUCGUUCCUAUGCGAAGCGCUCUACCACGCCGAUAUCAUGGAAUUCGACGAACUACAUGACUGGCUUAUGGAAGACACGAUGAAGAUCGAAGAACUUUACAGGAUGCUCCAGCGCUUAGGCGUCCGGUAUACGGAAUACAAGCAUCAACCCAUGAUGGCGGUAAAACAAAGCCUUGAAGACCCAAUAUUUCAGGGAAAGUAUGAGAUUAUCGUUAAAAAUCUGUGGCUGAGAGAUGAAGUGAAGAAAUAUUACCUCUUAGUCGCACUUCACGACACCAAGGUAGACUUCAAGUUCUUAAGCAAACAAGUACAUGUCAAGCAAUUGAGAAUGGGUCCAGAAGAAUGCAUGGAAGAAAUAGUAGGAAUGAAACGUGGACACCUCAAUCCCUUUGCUGUAGUCAACGACAAAAAAAAUGAAGUAAAAGUGUUGCUAGAUGAAAGAAUUAAGGAGAAACAGGAAAUUAUGGCACACGCAUUACACAAUACCACUAGCAUAUGUAUAUCCACAGAAGAUCUUGUGAGAUUUCUAAAAGAAAACAAUCAUGAACCUACAUUUGUUGCAACACAAGGUGAAGAUAGUGAAAAGGAAGUGGCAAAAACCGAACAAACGGAUGGACCAGCAGCGGAACAACCAGCACCCGCCUGCGUGGAUAAGGAAGGACACAUUCUAGGAAUAACGGUUAAAAAGGACGUUAAUUUCCCAGAAUGGUACAUUCAAGCGAUUGUAAGGGGUGGAAUGGUAGAAUACUAUGACAUAUCUGGGUGUUACAUAUAUCUACCGAGCAGUUACUUCAUAUGGGAAGUCUUCCAGCAGUGGUUCAAUGAGGGUAUUAAGAAGGAAGGUGUGGAAAACUGCUACUUCCCUAUGUUCGUAUCGAAACAAAAGCUGGAAACGGAAAAGAAUCAUAUUGAAGGGUUCAGCCCGGAAGUGGCCUGGGUCACCAAGUAUGGUGACUCAGAUUUUGUGGAACCAAUUGCCAUCAGACCUACCAGUGAAACCAUAAUGUAUCCAGAGUACGCAAAAUGGAUCAGGUCACACAGAGAUCUGCCUCUCAAACUGAAUCAAUGGUGUUCAGUGGUCAGGUGGGAGUUCAAGCAACCAACCCCUUUUCUCAGAACCCGAGAAUUCCUAUGGCAAGAAGGACACACAGCACACAGAAGUGAAGAAGAAGCUAUGGAGACUGUACUUACUAUCUUGAAGCUUUACCAGAGGUUUUACGAGGAAUACUUAGCAGUACCCGUCAUACCUGGAGAAAAGAGCAUAGAGGAGAGAUUCGCCGGUGGAAAAAACACAACGACCAUAGAAGCUUAUAUACCAGGUAGCGGCAGAGGAAUCCAAGCUGCAACGUCACACCUGCUUGGUACAAACUUCGCCAAGAUGUUUGGCAUAUUAUUUGAAGAUGAAAGCGGAACCAAACAAUUGGUACACCAAACAAGUUGGGGAUUUACUACAAGGAGUAUUGGUGUAGCCGUGAUGAUACAUGGCGAUGACAAGGGGCUGGUUAUGCCCCCAAAGGUUGCCAAGUUACAGGUGGUCGUCGUGCCCAUUAUCGCCAAAAAGGAUAUGCAAAAUGUAAUAAUGGAUGCCGCAAAUGACGUUUACAGCAGGUUGAAAAAGGCAGGUAUCAGGAUACACCUCGACGACCGUACGGGGUACACGCCAGGCUUCAAGUUCAACCACUGGGAACUUAGAGGGGUGCCAAUCAGGAUAGAGAUUGGAGCUAGGGACGUCCAGUCCCAAAGCUGCAGGGUGUGUUACAGGUUCAAUGGACACAAAGCUGACUUCAAGCUCGAUAAUCUCGAACACAGUAUCAGCGAGGCCUUGGACGAAAUACAAAAGAAGAUGUACGAAAAGGCCAAGAAACAAAUGGACGAAUCAGUGGCCAGGGUAAUGGAUUUCGAAGGGGUAAUGCCAGCACUGAAUGACCAGAAACUAGUACUGGUGCCAUGGUGCGAGGAUCCAGAAACCGAGGCACAAAUCAAGGCAGAGACUCAGAGGUUGUCACAGGAGAACAGCGACGGCAAGACGGGUGGCAUGAAAUGCCUUUGCCUGCCAUUCGAACAACCAGAAAUGCCACAUGGUACGAAGUGCUUCUGGACUGGGAGACCUGCCACUAGAUGGGCACUAUUCGGGCGCAGUUACUGA